CAGAACUCGACCUCCCAUCCCGAUCAGAGAUGAACUGAGCGUUCAGACUGAGUGAUGGACUCUGAAGCCAGAGGGACGAUGGAGAUGCCGGCGCUCGGCCGGCCUUUCAGACUCGGAAUGUUGUACGACUGCCGCAAAGACUCACUCAUCCCUGGAAUGACACUGUGGGACCAUGAUGAUCUGAUGAAAAAUAUUAGCGACAGACCACAGAACUAUAAUGACUUUGAGAUAGUUGCAUCGGAAUCAAUUUCAGAUAAAUCUUCAGCACUAAAUGUUGAUGCAUCGCUGAAGGCAAGUUUCUUUGGUGGACUGGUUGAGGUUGAAGGAUCGGCAAAAUACCUGAAAAAUAGUACGACAUCCAAAAGUCAGGCCAGGGUAACACUGAAUUACAAAACUACCACAAAGUUCCAGGAACUGUCGAUGAAUCAUCUUGGAAGAGGCAAUGUGAAGCAUCAGUAUGUCUUUGAGAAAGGAUUAGCAACACAUGUAGUCACUGGUAUCCUUUAUGGGGCACAAGCCUUCUUUGUCUUUGACCGUGAGGUGUCUGAAAAGGAAAAUCAUCAAGACAUUCAGGGCAAUUUGAAAGUCAUGAUCAAGAUGAUUCCUUGCAUUGCGAUAGAAGGUGAAGGUUCGCUGAGAAUGGAAGACAAGGACAGAGAAAAUGUUGAGAAAUUCUCCUGCAGAUUCUUUGGAGACUUUUCCCUUCAGAAACCUCCUACAUCCUUUCGGGAUGCAGUGGAAGUCUAUCAAAGUCUGCCAAAAUUGCUGGGAGUCAAUGGAGAAAACGCCGUACCGAUGAAAGUUUGGCUGUUGCCACUGACAAGUCUGGAUUCUUCUGCUGCUAAACUCGUACGUCAGAUAAGUCUAAGAUUAGUUCAAGAAUCCCAGAGUGUCCUGGAGGACUUCAGUGAGCUGGAAAUGAGGUGCAAUGAUGCAUUUAAAACCACCACUGCACAGCGUUUCCCACAGAUUGGCAAAAAGAUUAAAACUUUUAAAGAGAUGUGCUCUGAGUUCAGACUGGAACUCCAACGAACCUUGGCAAAGAAACUUCCAUUAAUCCGAGGAGGUGGAGAAGAGGAGGCUGUGCUCGCUGAGAUCUUGAAGAAGAGAUGCUCUUCUCCUUUCAACAGCAAAAACCUGAAUGAGUGGAUGGACUGUAAAGAGAGAGAAGUCGACACAUUAAAAUCUUUCACCAACAUGAUGAAAAACACCAAGAUCGUUCCAUCUCAAAAUCACCUGUAUAAGGAAAGCCUCAGUGCAGAGCAUGCUAUGUGCUUUGUUUUCACCUCGCUGGGAAUUGCUGAACCGUACCUCUCAACUUUAUCAAACUACUUAAAACAAACACCAGACGACCCUCAAGAUCCACGCACUCAGGAUGUAGAGAAGGAACAAUGGCACGCCUCAAAAGAAGUAGCAGAUGUGAUGAGGAAUAAAGCAAAGCUCUUCAGUGACUUUGCAGAGGCCAACAAGGAGAACAAGAACAUUAAGUUCUUGACAGUGGGAUUAACAAAUGAGACACAGAAAGGUUCAAGCAUCUACCUUUAUAAAGAUGGCUUUUCAGUCAAUGAGAACUUUGAGCCACCUUCAAAGCCUGAAACAGUAACAGUAAGUGAUAUAAACCACAACAGUGUGACACUGAAGAUUUCUCCACCCAGAUUUGGAGCAGAGAACAUCACCUCCUACUCUGUUGAGUACUGUGUCACUGGAGAGGAUGGAUGGAAACAGAAGACAGCAUCAACAGCUGUAGAAGUCACAGUGACCAAUCUGAGUCCUAACUCCGAGUAUAUGUUCAGAUGCAGAGCAGUGACCUCAGCGGGUGUUGGGCCAGCCAAUGAAGCCCUCCUGGAAAACCUCAAGUUGAACCAAACUCAAGUGAGAUAUCAGUUAGCUGGGAGAAACCUGCUGAGCUUGGACAAGAUGUCCACAUCUUGA